CAAUGACAUAAUACUUUCUUUUACAAAUUUUGAUGAUGGCUAAAAUUUUCAAGUCCUAAGUAGUUAGUACUUCACCAUCCUAUCAAGAAAAAUAGUCAUGGAGCUAUUUCAACAAAGAAGCAGUCCGUUUCAAGGUUGCUAACAAUUUAAUAUCGAUUCAUACUAUACCGCUAAUUAGUAGUGGUAUAUUAUAAACCAAACGAGGCUAGUUUGGGAAGAUUCUGUUGAAACUUUCAUUACGGGAACGGAGCAGCCACCAAAAUCUAUCAUUUCCUCUGUCCUACUAGAAACUUCAACGUGUACGGAAACAGGGAAGAAAAUAGAAGGAAAUAAGAGAGAGAGAGUAUAUGUGUGUGUGUAUGUAUGUGCGCGCCUGGAACGACGGUGGCGAUUCCUCGAACUUUUCCAUAAUCUGAAUGAUUCCCACGAUGAACGAUUUCAACCUUUUAUUCAUAUUGAUCUUCCCAACACGUCCCUUCUCCUCUCCUCUCCCGCGCUUCUUUAGCGGCGGCGGCGGCGUAGCGCCAUGACGCACUACUUUCUGCAGGCCGGUGAAGCACCUUUUACGUUCUUGACCCAUCCUUCGGCGUCUCGAUCGUAGAAGAGUGGCGGAAGAGGUCUAACGAUCCGAGUCUUCUGUCUGCUACAGUGCGGGAAGGACGCAUACAUUUGAUCUUUGUUCGUGCAUUCUCGCUUUGAGGAAUUGUUCUUUGAGUUUUGCCUUCUUUCAAGUUAUUUCUUGAGUCGAGACCCACGGGACGACCACAUUGAGGUUAUCAUUUCUCGAGAGACCUUAAUAAACAAGAGAAAAAAAAGAAGAAGUUUGGCUCAACGGGACUAUAUUUGGAGUUUGGCGUGGUGGUAUGGAAAGUUCUCAGUUUUUCCUUCAUGAGGAUAACUAAAUCAGUUCACCUUCGACAACUUGGGGACUUGCAGAGAGGGCGUGGCCCAGAAAUCGGAAAUUAUGUGUUUUCCCCAUUCAUAUUUGGCACUUAAAUUGAGGAGACAUUCUCAUUCUUAAUAGUUUCUUUCAUACUCCUAUUUUGGUCAAUUGGCUCCUCAAAUUUGGAGGCUAUCUUCUCUGAGCCAAAUCAGGAGUUAGAUUAUGGCAAGAAGAUCAUAUAGAAAACCAGCACAAACUCAAAGGGACAAUGUUGGAUGUAUGUGGGGUUUGAUUGGUUUGUUUGAUUUCUGCCAGGGCCAUUCAACUCAGAAGUUAAUGUCGGAUAAGAAGCUCAAAAGCACUAGAGUGGCUGGUACUGGACCCUCGGGAGCUAUACUUGAUUUACUUGAAAGUUCUCUGAACAAACAUGAAGGUGGUAGUCUUGCUGAUGAAAUCAGAGAAGAUCAGGCCAAUUUGGAUAUCACCAGUGUGAAAACUCUUACGGAGGAAGCAAUGUCUCAGCAUCCACAAAAGAAGUUUUCAAAUGAUGAAGCUUCACGAGCAGCAUCUAACAUGAAAAAUGAUGUUUGUCCAAAAAAGAAUUAUAAACAAAGAAGUAAAAGCUUGAAGUUAAUUUCAGAUGCUUAUGCAAACAAUCUAGCUGCUUCUGCAAGCUUAAAUGGUCGUCAGUCUAACAGUAUGGAUCUAACUGAAAGAUCUUUCUGUAACUUUGACAUGGCUGCACUUUUGACAUGGUACUAUGGUUAUACAUGCCAACAAAUGAAUGCUGAUUCUAGUGAUCAGUUUGACUUGUGGCAUGCCUCAGGAAGUAUUGGUCCAAAGAUUCAUAAUCACCUUGAUGACCUUGAUGAUCAUCUUGAUCAAAAGAUCUCUUUCUUUCAGAAGACCCUAGCAGAUGUUGCCCUGGCUAUUAAAAUUCAGAAGUCAAUGGUUGAGAAGCAACUUCAUGGACAAUGGGCUGGCCAUCUUAAGGAAUUCAUGGAUGCAUUAGAUACUCUGAAUUUAGAUAAGGAGUUAUCUCUGUCGUUUCUUCAAGAUCCAGAUUCUCUUUUGCUUGAACAUAUUCAAAAUUUUCACAGUAAUCAGGCAGGGAAACUAUUUAGUUUGGGAUCAGAUAAAUAUUCAGAGGAUAUUCAAUUGUUAGGGGAGGAGAACAAUAGUUCAGGGAUAUCCAAGGAAUCAGACACUAAGCAAUUGUUUCACAAACAAAACAGAUACAAUUAUUUCUGGAAAAAGGGAAAGUCAAGGGGGAUAAAGUCAUCAAAGGAAAGUUCAAAUUCCAAGGCAUUAUUCAGAAUAGUAGUUCUGAAGCCAAGCUCAGCAAUAAUUCAAAAUUCUUCUGUCAUAGUACCUCCAGGCUCUCCACCUCAAUCUCAUCAUAUGCUUAGGCAAGACAAAGAUGGUGAAAGAAUUCUAUCUGAAUUUUCCCUUAGAGAAGUAAAACGAAGGAUCCAGCAUAUGAUUGGCAAGAGUAGAAAAGAACAACAUGUUAUCUCCAUGGAUGGUAUUCUACACAGAACUCCGGUUUGCUCGAAUGACACAGGUGACUCAUGUAAAUUGAUACAUAAUGAGAGUGUAGUAGCGAGCUCAGCAAUCAGUUCUUGUAAUGCCAAAAAGGUAUCUGAAUAUUUGCCCCAUGAUGAGAGAAAAGAUAAGAAAAUCUAUUCAGAAAGUGAAAUUAAGAUCAGCAGUCAUAUUUCCUCUUCGAAGCAUCAAUCUUUGAUAUGUGAGGAAGCCAAAAAGCAUCUUGCUGAGAUGCUAGACACUACAGUCGAUAGUCUACCAGUGAUCCAAGCCUCAGAAUCUUUGGGGAGAGUACUCUCUCUUUCAAGAUGCAAUGACUUACGUCCUAGAUCAAGUCCUCAAAGAGAUAAGGAGCUUGUCAUGUCACCUGAAGAAACCGCAGAUACCUCACAUGUGUUCAAGCAAGAAGGUGCUGCCAAUAACUUAAGCCCCGAGAGACCAAACUUGGAGUUCUCAUCUUGCUCCUUGAGCAUUCCAGGUGAUGAAUCAAAUUUGCUCAUCCUAAAAACAGAAGUGGUUGAUACCAAUAUUUCAGAGCCAUCAUGCCUUACAGAAGACCUGAACAACAAAGUUGCUGCAGAUAAAAGUGAAGAAGAAGAAGAAGAAGAAGAAGCAAUACAAGGACUGGGUUCAUCCGAAGGAAAUUUACUAGCAUUGACAGAGUCCACUCUCCCACCAAGCUCCUUAACCAGAGAAAAUUCAGUGGCUCCAGAAAGCACCAGCACCAAUGAAAAACUAGAGCAACCAAGUCCAGUAUCUGUUCUCGAAACACUCUUUUCAGAAUAUUCUACCACUGCUGAGUCUACUACAGUGGAGCACUAUGACAUUGAAGCACAACAUCGACAAGUUACUCAUGAAGAUUAUGACAACUAUUCAAGAAUUAUAGCAUCACCAGAUGUAAGCUACAGUUUAAGAGAUCAUCUUCAUGACAAGCAAGCUAGGUUCGAUUAUGUUAAAGUAGUCUUGGAAGCCUCAGGCCUUGCUAAUGAAUUCUCAGAGAGAUGGGAUACGGCAGAUCAGUUACUUGAUCCAUCUUUGUUUGAUGAAAUAGGGAUCUUCUUUUGCUUCCUACAAGAUGAUCCUAAGCUUCUCUUUGAUUGCAUGAAUGAAGUCCUUGUAGAGACACAGGAAAGGUUUUCGAAGCAUACCCAAUGGCUGUCUCUCAUCCAACCAAAUCUCCUGCCUACCCCUUCAAGGGCAAGCUUAAUCCAAGAAGUUAGCAACUGUCUCGAGAGGCAUCUUCAUAUACAGCUGCCAAACACAUUAGAUCAAGCAAUAAGAAAGGAAUUGGAAGACAGAGGUUGGAUGGACCUUCGAUUCGAAUCCGAGAAUAUCGCAAUUCUGAUAUGUGAAUCCUUGUUAGAUGAUAUAAUGGAAGAAACUGUUCGCAACUUCGGGUUUUGAACUCCAAAUUCUCUGGUAUUCAUCUUUCCAUUGUUUGCAUAAUGACAUGCAGUGUGAUCUCUUAGGAUUGGAGAUUCAAUUCAUGGUCUCUGCUAACUCUAUUUUUUUUCUUCAUGUAGUUUCUGAGUUUGGAUAUGUGUAAUAUUGUACAGUAUCUGUAGCAACUUCUUGUUCAUCGAAAUUGCCGGA